CUGAAGUCCGGUUAGGACUCACACACCUCGGACGAGUCCAUUUUCGAGACGAUACUUUCCCAACGGCUCAAUUGCUGCGUUCACUUGCAUCAAUUUAGUUGUGGUGUUGGGAGUUGGUGACGUGUCGUCUUUUUUAAAGAUAUAAUUUAUUAACUAAUCAUGUGUGACGAAGAAGUUGCUGCGUUGGUCGUAGACAAUGGCUCAGGAAUGUGCAAGGCUGGGUUCGCGGGCGACGACGCGCCCCGUGCCGUGUUCCCCUCCAUCGUGGGACGACCGAGGCACCAGGGUGUGAUGGUGGGCAUGGGCCAGAAGGACAGCUAUGUCGGUGACGAGGCCCAGUCCAAACGAGGUAUCCUCACACUCAAGUACCCCAUUGAACACGGUAUUGUGACCAACUGGGAUGACAUGGAGAAGAUCUGGCACCACACAUUCUACAACGAGCUGAGAGUGGCUCCUGAGGAACACCCUGUACUACUCACAGAGGCUCCCCUCAACCCCAAGGCCAACAGAGAGAAGAUGACACAGAUCAUGUUUGAGACAUUCAACACACCUGCCAUGUACGUGGCAAUCCAGGCUGUGCUGUCCCUGUACGCCUCUGGUCGAACCACUGGAAUCGUGCUGGACUCUGGUGAUGGUGUCUCUCACACAGUCCCCAUCUAUGAAGGUUAUGCACUGCCCCACGCCAUCCUCCGUCUGGACCUUGCCGGUCGGGACCUGACAGACUAUCUCAUGAAGAUCCUGACUGAGAGAGGCUACAGCUUCACUACAACAGCUGAACGAGAAAUCGUGCGUGACAUCAAGGAGAAGCUCUGUUAUGUUGCCCUAGACUUUGAGCAGGAGAUGGCAACUGCUGCAUCUUCUAGCUCACUGGAGAAGAGCUACGAACUUCCUGAUGGCCAGGUGAUCACAAUUGGAAAUGAGAGAUUCCGAUGCCCUGAGGCACUAUUCCAACCUUCCUUCCUCGGCAUGGAAGCUUGUGGCAUCCAUGAGACUACCUACAACUCCAUUAUGAAGUGUGACGUGGACAUCCGUAAGGAUCUUUAUGCCAACACAGUCCUCUCCGGAGGUACCACCAUGUACCCUGGCAUUGCCGACAGGAUGCAGAAGGAAAUCACCGCACUUGCCCCAUCCACCAUGAAGAUCAAGAUCAUCGCACCACCUGAGAGGAAAUACUCCGUAUGGAUCGGAGGCUCCAUCCUGGCUUCCCUCUCCACCUUCCAGCAGAUGUGGAUCUCCAAGCAGGAGUAUGAUGAGUCAGGCCCCUCCAUCGUGCACAGGAAGUGCUUCUAAACGUGUCAGCGCGCGUGUGACUGAAUCUCCAUUGAUCGGUUGGAGUCUAUACGUUGCGGGCUCCCUCCGAUCGGACUUAUUGCCGACUAUUUAUUGUGGUUUGAUUACAUUAUUUUAUAAUUUGUAAUCGAAUUUCUUUAAUAUACUAUAAGAUAUGAUUAUUAAGCUGUUAAAACUUUUAUACUGAUAUAUUUCCAUGAUAUUUAUCAUUCCCAUUUUCAUUCCAAUUUUUUUACCAAUUUUCGAUGCACUUAGUUGAAUUUGGAGGCUGUUUUUGUGAUUUUAUUUAUGUUGCAUUUGUGUUAAAUGAUAGUCACUUUAUAUUGUUUGCCUUCGUGUAAGAUUACUUGUGAUUAAACCCGUUCCAAUUCCUA